AUGCACACAGCGACUACAAACCCACUCAAAGGUUGCAACUUCCAACUCAAUCUCCCAUUCUCGUGGUGGUGGGCCGGAAUCGCUUUACUCUGCCUUACCCUGCUGGCAAUCACGUUCGCCCGUCCGCAGGGAUAUCCCAACCAAACCCAUCCCGUGUGGUCCGCACUCUCCGACAUGGAAAAGGCUAAGGCGAACUCUGACUCGCCACCCCCUGCUUCGGCCCUGGAUGUCUUAAAGCCAUUAUCGCUAGGUGGGAACUUUCCUAGUAGCGGGGCAGUGGCUGCUAGAGCGCGUGAACAGAUGCAGAUGCAGAGGACUGCGUCACAUCCUGCAUCUGGGACGCCUAAAGAGGCUCAGCAGGCUAGUGAUGGGGGCGGGAAUUUAAAGCGGAGUGAGACCGUGCAAACAAUUUAUGAAAAAGAUGCUGAUGGAGGGAGAACCUUUCGCCGGUUAGUUGUUGAGUACAAUUAG